GCGGUUUCAAAGAAACUGAUCGUGAAACCGCUUCGGCACUUCACAUCCGGAUAGUAAUCGGAAAAGACAUGGCACGAAAUAAUCGCGCGCCGCCGCCUGUUGCCGUGCUGCGAGGGCAUUUGAGUCCCGUCAACACUGUCUGCUUCAUCCCCAGUCGCCCAAUCACCCCAAACGAUGACGUGGCAUCGCUGAGCAGCGUUGCUCCUCGCAGUCUUCUUUCGGGCAGUGCCGAUGGAAUGCUCAAAGUGUGGGACUUGACGACGCGGCGCGAAGCCAGCUCCGCCGUCCAAGCGCAUUCCAAAGCUGGCAUCCUCCACACGACAACGCAGGGGCCGAACAUUGUAUCCCAAGGUCGAGAUGGGUUGGUCAAGUGGUGGGAUGUCGUUGAUGGCGGCGGGAUGCGCGAGUCGCGGACCCUAGCCAUCGGAUCGUACACGUUCACGAAAGCGCACGUCGUCGACUCCAACUUGCUCCUCGUGCCCACAGAGCACGCUGAGACGGUGGCGCUCUUCGACGUCCGCACGUCCGGGACUCACCCGGCCAUGAUCUUCGAGGGGUCGCCGAUAAAAUCUGGCAUGUGCAUGUCCCUGACGAGCAUGCCAGUGUCCGACCAGACCGUUGCAUGCGUCGGCUUUGAAGGCGGCGUCGUCGCGCUCUAUGACUUCCGUCUCGCCGCGCCGCCGUUGCUUUCUCACGCCGUGUCGACAUCCACAGUGCUUUGCAUGGACGCUGUGUGUACGUCGUCGACGCUGCUGUGCGGCACAUCUGGCGAUGACCUCGUCGCACUCCGCGUCCAUCCCGACACGACUGCAGCCACAGCCGACUCGUUCUAUCGAUCCAAGCAGCCAGGCAUCAGUGCCAUUGCCAAUCGAAGCGUGGACGAUCGCAUCUUUGCCACCGCAGGCUGGGACCACAGAGUUCGCAUCUUUCACAAACGUGGCAAGCCGUUGGCCACGCUCAAGUACCAUACCGAGAGCGUGUACAGCGUCGGCUUUUCCCACGACGGCGACUGGCUCGCGUCAGCGUCGAAAGACCACAAGAUUGCCCUUUGGUCCGUAUAUCCCCCAAGCUUUAGUAGUACUAGUAGUACUAGUUCCACGUAGUAUACUCGUAGAAAUACUAUUAGUACAGACACACCGUUGGGCACCAGCAUAACACUAGUCUUGGAACAACUUAUUCAACGAUGGACACGAGCGACACGGUCCUCGGGCCAGCGUGGCUGCCAGCGUCGCUGACCGACCUGGGGCGGAUGCCAUUGGCUACAGUCUCAUGCGAUGACGUCGUCGUGAUAAUGUCGGACUGACUUCGCUGGACUUUGCCUGGAGUAGGAGGACCGACCUCGUUGGGCGUGUCGACCCGCGGCUGGUCGUGUCGGCUGUUGAAAUUGCAGUUCAUGGCUUCGAGGAACCGCACUUUGUAUGGAAUCGGAGGCAGCACCGUCGGCGACUGGUACAUCUUUUUCGCGCCAGACUCGACGCGCUUGAUAAAGUCGAACUGGUGGACGUAAUCGAUCAGCGCCCCACGGAUGGACAGCGACGCGUCGUCAAACGCGAGCAACUACAACAACCGCUUACGACAAUGAAAUCACAAAUAAUGUAUAUUGUCGAAAUGAUAGUACAAAUUUGGGGACGGG